CAUCAGGAAAAAAUUUAAUAAAACAAAGCACAACCCCAACAAUUUGGAAAUGAAUCAAGAAGGAAAUGUCGCCGCCUCGUCCGCUCCCCAGAUCGUGUUCUUCGACCUCGAAACCAACGUGCCCAGCCGGUGUGGCAGUGGCGGCGGCCGGUUCCACGUGCUGGAGUUCGGGGCGAUCGUGGUGUGCCCGAGGAAGCUGGUGGAGCUGGAGAGCUACGCGACGCUAAUCAGGCCGUCGGAUCUGUCGGCGGCUUCGGUGCGGUCCAGCCGGCCGGAGGGGAUAACGAGGGCGGCGGUGGCUGGAGCGCCGACGUUCGAGCAAGUAGCCGAUAGGAUUUACGCGAUGCUGAACGGGAGGAUAUGGGCCGGCCACAACAUCCAGAGGUUCGAUAUGGUACGGAUCAAGGAGGCCUUCGCCGAGAUCGGUCGGCCGGCGCCGCUGCCCGUCGGGAGCAUUGACUCGCUGGGGGUGUUGACGCAGCGGUUUGGGCGCCGGGCCGGCAAUAUGAAGAUGGCUACCUUGGCGGAGUACUUUGGACUUGGUCAACAAAAACACAGAAGUCUCGACGAUGUCAGAAUGAAUCUGGAGGUCCUAAAACAUUGUGCAACAGUCCUGUUCUUGGAAUCAAGCCUGCCAAGCGUGUUGAGCCAUGGCGCCCAUCGAGAAUGGCCGGUGGGAUCUUCCACAGUUGUAACUCGAAGUAGAAGCAGCCAGCUGAUAAAUGAGAGAUUCCACAAUAGCAGUAAUUGUAGUAAUAAUGCUCUAACAGUGCCCACGCCCAGAAAAUCACCUCCAUCUGCUACCUCUAUUAGUCUCACUUACCAAAGGCCACUUCCCUAUGCCAGGGGAAGCUUUGGAAAGGUGACAGAAGGGGUCAAGAAUUUGUUGUGUAGAGCCCAAGAAACAAGGUCUAUCACCAGACUCCUCAGACAUUCUCAAUCUUUGUUCAGAUGAUAUGCAACAGAUCGACCAAGAUACUCAUUUAGUGAUUAGUAUUGAAUUGUUCACCAAUAUUUCUCUACAUUUGCUUGCGGAGAGAUAUUGUAUCAACGUGGCCACUAACCAGUAAUUGGAAACUAAAAUGUAUAAUUAGUCGAUUCGUUCAUUCUAAUGUACAUUGUAACUUUAUGGAGGAUGUAAAUUUGUAUAAAUCUUUAGGAGGAGCCUCUUGUGUACAUUGUAUCAAAUAUACAAAUUACAUGUUCCCCAUCCUAAGUUCUUGGAAUCCUGAUUGUAAAUGUUACGGAAUAAUAAAUGGAAAUUAGUGCA